AAACCACAAUACUAAAAGGACACGAAAAUAUUAAGAACUAUACUAGAUGGACAAGGAAAUAUAAGAUUAUUCCUAAUCUAUCUCUAACAAUAGGUACCACAAGAGAACUAAUCAGAUGAAAAAUUUCUAAGUACAUGCAUAACUCAACAUGAUUGCUAAUUAAACCUGACUUCAAAAAAGACAAGUUAACAAAUUUCGUUAAUUGAACAACUUAACGAGACAUGGUCUCAUUAAUCUCAAGGCUUUCUCUCUUUUCAUAAUUUACAUGUUUACCCAUUUGAGCCCCGGAAGGGGCACCAGAAGCCAGAAGGCAUAUUCUAGGGUUUACCACUAUCCCAAUUGAGCAUUUUCCACGAAUAAAACCAAGGUCUCAUCUGCUAAUUCCCCUUCCCAUCACUGUGAAUGUAAUGGCAAAAGUAAGUCGGGAAGAACGAAGAGGAUUUCUUGUGAUAAAUAAUAUGCGCACAUGUAAAGACAAAGGCAAAAGCUCCCAGACAUAUCUGAAGCAUUUCCCCUUUGAAAGCUCAGUAAGCCUUCACUCCUUCUAUGUGUUAUAUAAUGGCCCUAUUCAUUAAACCUUCACUCACCAAACCAAGUCGGCUUGAAUUGCCAAACUAACUAGAAAGAAGCUAGAAGUAACUCUACUUACAUACCUCACUGCCUCCGAUGGUUGACGGCGGGACGAAGGAGGUCUUCUCGGCCCUCGACAAUGCCAAGACGCAGCUCUACCAUUUCAAGGCCAUUGUGAUUGCAGGAAUGGGGUUCUUCACUGACGCAUACGAUCUCUUCUGCAUCACUGCCGUCACGAAGCUCAUCGGCCGACUCUACUACUUCGACCCGGCACUCCCUAAGCCUUCUGCCCCCGGACCGGGGAAGGUCCCCAUAGACAUCAACAAUGCCAUAACUGGAGUCGCUCUGUGUGGGACUCUAGCUGGACAGCUCUUCUUUGGAUGGCUUGGAGACAAACUCGGCAGGAAAAGAGUGUAUGGGAUUACCCUUGUGACCAUGGUGGGCUGUGCUCUAUGCUCUGGCCUUUCCUUUGGCUCCACACCCAAGAGCGUGAUUGGUACCCUCUGCUUCUUCCGGUUCUGGCUUGGGUUCGGCAUCGGAGGAGACUACCCACUCUCGGCCGUGAUCAUGUCUGAAUACUCCAACCAGAAAACCAGAGGAGCGUUCAUUGCCGCAGUGUUUGCGAUGCAGGGGAUGGGUAUUCUCUUCGCGGCAUUUGUUACCCUCAUCGUCACCAAAAUCUUCCUGCACAAUUACCCAGCUCCAUCUUUCAGCAAAGGCUUCGUCUUGUCCACUCAGCCGGAAGCAGACUUCGUAUGGAGGCUCGUCCUGAUGCUGGGCGCGGUCCCUGCAGCAUUGACAUUCUAUUGGCGGAUGAAGAUGCCAGAAACUGCAAGGUACACUGCUUUAGUUCAGGGCAACCACAAGAAAGCUGCUAACGACAUGGCCAAAGUUCUGCAACAGGAUUUCUCAAUUGAUCCAGAAUCAAACCCAAACCCCAAAUCCCCAGCAGCAGCUGGUAGACCUCAAUCCUCCUUUGGGCUGUUUUCCUCCGAGUUUUCCCGCCGACAUGGGCUUCAUCUCCUGGGGACGACUACCACAUGGUUCUUGCUCGACAUAGGGUUCUACAGCCUGCAAUUGGCACAGAAGGAUGUCUACACAGCGAGUGGAUUGUUGAACAAAGCUUCAACCAUGAACGCUCUGGAGGAAACUUACCAGCUGGCCAAGGCGAUGACCAUAAUUGCCCUCCUGGCGACCGUUCCAGGCUACUGGUUCACUGUAUACUUCAUCGACAAAAUCGGGCGUUUCAUCAUACAGUUGGUGGGCUUCCUCCUGAUGUCCAUCUGUAUGGCGAUUUUGGGGCUCAAGUACCACGACCUCAGAGGGGAGAAGACUUACUGCGCCGCCGACUCCGUCAAGGAAUUCUGCGGCGGCAACCGUCUGAUGUUCUCCGUUCUGUACGGCCUGACCCUGUUCUUCGCGAACUUCGGACCCAACAGCACGACGUUCAUCGUUCCCGCCGAGAUCUUCCCCGCGAGGUUCCGAUCGACUUGCCACGGGGUGUCGGCGGCGGCGGGGAAGGCCGGGGCGAUAAUCGGCGCCUUCGUGGUGCAGAGCUACACGCAGUCAGGGGAUUCGAACGGGAUCAAGAAGGCGAUGAUCGGCCUGUCGCUUGUCAACCUGCUUGGGUUUUUCUUCACGUUCCUGGUGCCGGAGACGAAAGGGAAGUCGCUGGAGGAGCUUUCCGGCGAUGACAGGGAGCUCGGCGGUGGUGACGAGAAAGCAGUGCCUGUUGAUGUGCCGCCGGCGCCUGUUGCGGCAGCCGGAAAUGCGUAACGAGUCAGUGGGGAUGAUUUAAUGGCGAUUGAUUUACAGCGUUUUGUGUUGUUUGUGUAAUAAACAGCGUGUAUUGUG